GUUGUUUGAACCUGACAGUGAUCACAGAGGAGUUUCACAGAAUUGCAGGAUUUCCAAAUGUGGUUGGGUUCAUUGAUGGCACACACAUCCCCAUAAUUGCACCUUCCAUAAAUGAGGGGGACUAUGUGAACAGGAGGUCCAUCCACAGCAUUAAUGUGCAGAUCAUAUGUGAUGCUGCACGUGUCAUCACAAACGUGGAGGCAAAGUGGCCUGGCUCUGUUCAUGACUCACGCAUAUUCCGUGAAUCAACAAUAAGUAACAGACUGCAAUCUGGUGAGGUUGUGGGCUUUCUGCUUGGGGAUGGGGGUUACCCAUGCCACCCCAUACUGAUGACCCCUUACCCAGAACCCGAGGCAGGCCCUCAGCAGCUAUUCAAUCAGGCUCACAACAGGACAAGGGCCCAGGUGGAGAUGACCAUAGGCCUGCUGAAAGCCCGUUUCCAGUGCCUUCGUCAUCUCAGAGUGAGACCUGAGAGGGCCUGUGGCAUAAUUGUGGCAUGUGUUGUUCUCCAUAAUAUUGCCAUUAUUAGAGGAGAGCAACACCCUGCCAUACAAAUUCAAGAGCCAGAGGACAAUCCCAUCCAACCAGCAGACUACCAGGAUGGAAGGACUGUCAGAGACAUGAUCUGUCGCAGUGCAUUCUGGCAGUAGACCAUCACCACCACAAGCAAUAAAAGAAGGACACUCAACUCAAAUCAAAUUUAUUUGGAUCUAUUCAUUUCCUACAAACAUUCAACAUUAUA